AUGUCGCACAGUCCAGACGAUACUAGCACUAGUGAAAGCGAUGAUCUCAGUCCCAUCACGACGGGGACCGAUCGUCGUCUAUCGGAAAUUGGGCCCAUGCGCUCAGAGAGCAUCAAUCGCCGCCAAAGCAACCUGAACGACGUCGAGCUAGAACGAAUCAACACCUAUCGACUCCAACAUCGCUCAACUGUCGGCUCCGGCAUAGGAAUCACACCGCGCGAGCAGUGGCUCCCCCUGGGAGCUGGCAAGCCUCAUCCCCCACCUCUCCCAGAUCCGGAAGAAUAUAUCGUCGAGUUCAACGAUGCGGACGAUCCUCUGCACCCACAGAAUUGGUCCCUCAGACGCAAAAUCUGUAUAUCAGCGACCCUAGCAUAUACAACUUUCGUUUCGUCUUUCGCCAGUGCCAUAUACUCCUCCGCCGUGGGAGAAAUCAGUGUUAAUUUUGACAUCAGCACGGAAGUCGCUAUCCUCGGCGUAACCCUGUAUGUUCUGGGAUUCGCUUCGGGGCCGACAGUAUGGGCACCGGCAAGUGAGCUCAUUGGGAGAAGAUGGCCAAUCUGCAUUGGCAUGUUCGGGUACUCCAUUUUCGCCGUUGCAUCAGCGACCAGCAAGGACAUUCAGACCUUGAUGUUGACGCGAUUCUUUUCCGGCUUUUUCUCUGCUAGUCCGAUCGCCAUUGUUCCGGCCGUGUUUGCAGAUAUUUGGAAUAACCAGACGCGGGGCGUGGCUGUCGCUAUGUUCGCCAUGGCUGUAUUCGUGGGGCCUUUCGCGUCUCCGUUCACUGGCGGCUUCAUCACAAUGUCUUAUCUGGGAUGGAGGUGGACCAUGUACAUCUCGUCCAUUAUGGGGUGGCUGGCCACUGGCCUUUGUCUUAUUUUCCUGAAAGAGACAUAUGCGCCCUCUGUCCUGGUGGAAAAGGCGGGUAUCCUGCGACGACAGACACGCAAUUGGGGAAUCCGCGCGAGACAAGAAGAGAUCGAGGUCGAUUGGGGCGAGCUGAUCACGAAUAAUUUCAGUAGACCAUUUCGUAUGCUCUUCACCGAGCCAAUUGUUUUCCUGAUCUCUCUCUGGAUGAGUUUUGUAUAUGGCCUGAUGUAUGCACUUCUCGGUGCCUACCCCGUUGUCUUCCAAGGAAUCCACGGAAUGAACCUUGGUGUUGGAGGUCUGCCUUUCAUCGGAUUGAUUAUUGGCGAGUUCCUAGCUGGCGCCUAUGUCCUUUUGGGCCAAAGGGCAUAUAUCAAAAAGCUAACAGCUAACAAUAACAUCCCGGUCGCCGAAUGGAGGCUCCCUCCUGCCAUCCUUGGAGGUGUUUGCUUCUGUGUUGGGCUCUUCUGGUAUGGGUGGACUGGAUGGACAAAGUCGAUCCAUUGGAUGGCCCCGACCGCCAGCGGAGUCGUGACUGGAUUUGGGAUCUAUGUUAUCUUCCUGCAAUGCUUCAACUAUUUGAUUGACUCGUAUUUGACAUUUGCCGCAUCUGUGUUUGCUGCGAAUACCAUUAUUCGUUCAGCGGUGGGAGCUGCAUUCCCCCUGUUCUCGAAGCAGAUGUUCGUCAAUUUGGGUGUACAGUGGGCUGGCACACUUCUCGGGUGUCUCGCACUCAUCAUGAUCCCGAUUCCCUUGGCAUUUAUCAAAUGGGGACCUGCGUUGCGUAAGAGGUCUAAGUUUGCGCCAAUCUUAGACCCUUCUCCUGCAGGAAAGUCGGAGAAGGGGGAUGGGUCUGUUUAG